UGUGGCCCUCUUGUCCCAUGGCCGCCAGCCUAUGGAGCCCGCAUCCCAGCACAACACCUGAAGGGUGCUGCACCCCAAACACCCUGACUGGAUCUAUCUGAGACCUCAUACUUCCCAUGGAUCCAAACAUCCAAGGUUCUUUCCUCUUCAACAACCAGUUUUCCACCGAGUUGAAGGCACCGAUGUGUCAGUACUCGGUCCCGAACUCCUUCUACAAGCUGCCCGCAGGGACCCCACAUGGCAUCAGUGAUAUCCUGAGCCGCUCCAUGAUGGGGAUGGGGGCCCCGGGCACCACCGCCGCCACCACCCUUCUGUCCGGUUACUCCGCCGUGGGGGGGUUCGGCCCUCCGGUCUCCAGCACGUCUUUGUACUACAACCGAGACUACAGCUCCACGCUUAACGGGUUCGCCAAGUCGGGCGCCGAGUGUCCCAUGAAGGGGCGCACUGUCAGCUGCUGGGCCGAGAGCGGCUGCGACUGGAGAGGAGGCAAGCAGCAGUGCGCCAACAGUGGUCCGCUGGGGGACAUGUCAGGUGGCAAGAAACACACCAGACCGACCUUCAGUGGACAUCAGAUCUUUGCUCUGGAGAAGACCUUUGAGCAGACUAAGUACUUGGCCGGGCCUGAACGAGCAAGACUGGCGUAUUCUUUGGGCAUGACUGAGUCUCAAGUCAAGGUUUGGUUCCAAAACCGGCGCACCAAGUGGAGGAAGAAGAGCGCCUCUGAGCCCAGCUCCAGCCAGACCCAGGCGGGGCCGGGCGGCGAGGCCUCGGACAACGAGGUGGAGGACGAAGAGUACAACAAGCCUCUGGACCCGGACUCGGAUGACGACAAGAUCCGGUUGCUGCUGCGUAAACAUCGCCGAGCUUUCUCGGUCCUGCGCCUCGGCCCUCACCAUAUGUGACGCCUACUUUUUAGCUGACCUGCAUGCACGUCGGGAAUGAACGCACGCACGCUCAUGCAGGAGGUUCCCUGCAAGAUGACCACACCGCCACAAAAACUGCAACAGUAAAUAUGUUGACUAUAUUAUUAGCAAGGGUUUCCAUAU